CUGCGUCAUUGAAGUGCGCAGAGCUGAGGUGUCCUUACACAGAAGGUCGGUUCCCGGCGGGCUUUCAUCAUGACGAAGCUCCUGCAGUGGCUGCUCGGCGUGUCGCUGGUGCUCGCGGCCUGGGCGGUGGUCUCCUUCGACCUGUUGGACCUGAGUCUGCCGCACACGUACCGGGAGGUGGCCUGGCCCAUGCCCCUCUACCUGCUGGUGUCGUUCGGCUGCUACUCGCUGGCCACCGUGGGCUACAGGUUGACCACGUUCAAUGACUGCGAGGAGGCGGCGGCGGAGCUGCAGGGGCAGAUCAGAGAAGCCCGGGAGGACCUAAGGAGCAAGGGCCUGAAGAUGUGAGGCUGGAGGAGGACCUGAGGAGCAAGGGCCUGAAGAUGUGAGGCUGGAGGAGGACCUGAGGAGCAAGGGCCUGAAAGAUGUGAGGCUGGAGGAGGACCUGAGGAGCAAGGGCCUGAAGAUGUGAGGCUGGAGGAGGACCUGAGGAGCAAGGGCCUGAAGAUGUGAGGCUGGAGGAGGACCUGAGGAGCAAGGGCCUGAAAGAUGCGAGCCGUGAGGAGGACCGUGGAGGAACUUUUUGAUGGAUCCACGACUGUUGCACACAACCUGGUGUCUGCCCUCGAGAGGCUGGAGUCUGUAGAGUGAAAGAUGCCGGAUGAACUUCCUGUUUACCCUUCAUUCAUGGAGCCAUGUUUGUGUUCAUUCAUGUAUUCACUGGCACGUCUUUAAGACAAUUUAGAAAACUAGUCGCCCAGCUGACUGUUUAAGUUUUUACUCAUAGAUGACAACUAACUCUGUUUAAAAACGAAAAAUCUAUUUAUCAAUUCAAAGACGUGUCUGAAGUUUAACAAUGAAAUGUUACAACAGCCAGUUCUGUGGACCAAAUAAGUUGCUUUUCUUGGAGAAAACACACACACACAUGAAUAACUGUCAUAUGUUCAAAAUACUGGUGUGUUUGAUUAUCACCCUUGAUCAGAUAUUCAUCACUGGAAGAAUCCAGCCUUCAGACAUGUUCUGGGGGAGGGGCUGUAUAAGAUCUCAAAUGUCUGAUUCAUUGGCUCCAGACAUUUCCCAGAACUUGCGUCUUAGUGAAUUCAUGUAAGAAUACAGCAGGAAAAUGCCCAGAACAUUCACAGCUAAUGCAGAUGAAAAUGUCAAAUCAGAAACUCAAUGGGAUUGGAGAGCUAUUGGUGAUUAAGGGCCGACUCUAUUGUCGAUGUGCUGUAAACAUUUGUUUAUAUGUCAUGUCCUACAUCCUCCAUGUUCUUCUCCCCUCGCCUGAAGGUAACGGAAAUGCUUCUUUUGUUUUUGAUCACAUCUGACCCGGACAAUCUCCUGCUGCGUUUCUUAAUAUGUGAAAGUUCAAAGUUCAUGUCUGAAAACAGGAUCUUUUACAUUCUUUCAAUCUGCGUCAGCACCACACAGUGUCGGCCUUGUCGUGGCUGUCUGGAGAUUGUUGCUUGUCAGAAUACGUGGAGUAGAUUGUUAUCUGUAGCAUACAUUCCAUUGUCCGGUUUCAGACUGGUUCCCUGUGGCUAUUGCUGCGAUGUAAUUAAAAUGGAGUCUAUUUUCUUCAA